AUGUCUGCCUUCCGUCCCACCACCCGUAUUCUGAACUUCUCCCGGAAUCUGGUCCGGAACCAGGCCUUCCGCCAGACUUCCCAACGCCGCUUUCAGUCCACGGCGGCUGAGGCCAAUGGCGCCCCUCAGAGCGGCUUUGCCAAAUUCUGGAACAGCCCUGUCGGCCCUAAGACCGUCCACUUCUGGGCUCCUGUCAUGAAGUGGGGUCUUGUCCUCGCAGGUAUUGCCGACUUCUUCCGUCCCGCCGAGAACCUCUCCCUGUCCCAGAACUGCGCUCUGAUGGCCACCGGUGCUAUCUGGACCCGCUGGUGCUUGAUCAUUAAGCCCAAGAACAUUUUCCUUGCUACCGUCAACUUCUUCCUCGGCUGCGUUGGCCUUGUCCAGACUUCCCGUAUCCUGCUCUGGCGCUCGUCCCAGAAGGGUGACUCCGUGACCGACGAGGCCAAGCAGGCUGCCAAGGAGGAGGCCGCUUCCGGCAAGAAGAUCCUCGCAGACCCCGUCGCUGCUGCUAAGGAAGCCGCCAAGAACUAA